AUGGGUAAAGAUUCUCGCGACCGUGAUCGUGAUCGAAAGAAGGACCGCAAAAAAGACCGUGACCGCGAUGAGAAAAAGAGCCGCAAGCGAAGCCGCUCCCGGGAUCGCGAGCGCCGUCGCAGCCGUAGCCGCAGCCCGCAUGAGAAGAAGAGGAAGAGAGAGUCCGGUGAAUCCAAAGUUAAAAAAGAGGAAAGCCCGAUCAGCGAUACUGAAGUCAACCUCAACAUUGCCGAGAUUGUCGACAUGAAAGGACCUGAUCAGAACUACAUCCUUCAAAAACUAGCGAAACAACGGAAAGAAAGGAUUGAAUCGGAACGCGCCCGAAAAGCACAUCUCAGCAAGGGCGAAGCUGCGCGUGAGGCACGUGGCGAGAAGUCGGGUCUUGAUGAGAAGGGUGAAAAGAAGAAAUGGUCUCUGGAGGACGAUGAUGAUGAUCUCCUGGAAGGCAUAGAAGAGAUGGACGAUACACCGGCUGAGACUGCCAGCGAGCCACCGAAGCCAGAGGUCGAGAAACCUGAAGAAAUGGAAGAGGAUGACCCGCUUGACGCAUUUAUGAACUCGAUUUCCAAGAAUGUGAAAAAGCCAACUACAGUCAAAAAGGGCGGCGUCGUAACGUUGAAAGUUGAAAAAGAGGAAAAGCGCGAUCGUGGCGAGAUUAUGGAGGCUGAGGACAUGACGGAGGUCAAUACAGAAGAAGCUCCAGAAAUCAAAGGAAUGGCCAGUUUAACGACAAAGGGACGUAUGUUGGCCCCUACUGAUCAUGAGCGUGUGUACUACCGUGAUUUCCGGAAGUGUUUUUAUAACGAGACGUCGGAAAUUAAGCGCAUGACCAAGGCUGAGGUGGAAGCAUAUCGGGAGGAGCUGGAUGGUAUCAAGGUACGCGGGAAGAAGGUGCCGAAACCGAUCAAAUCUUGGGCGCAGACCGGUGUCGACACCAAAACCCUGCAGAUCUUAAAAAAGCAAAAUUAUGAGAAGCCCACUCCGAUUCAGGCACAGGCUCUACCGGCAAUUCUGUCUGGCCGAGAUGUCAUUGGCAUUGCAAAGACUGGCAGUGGAAAGACACUCGCCUUUUUGUUGCCAAUGCUGAGGCAUGUUCUUGACCAAGAUCCACUUGAGGACAUGGACGGACCGAUUGCCGUGAUCAUGUCGCCCACCCGUGAGCUUGCCAUGCAGACUUGGAAAGAAGCGAACAAAUUCGCAAAGCUACACGGCCUUCGAGUCGUUUGUGUCUAUGGCGGGGUGGGUAUUUCCGAACAAAUUGCUGAUUUGAAAAGAGGUGCGGAAAUCGUGGUCUGCACCCCUGGCAGGAUGAUCGAAAUGCUGGCCGCUAACAGCGGCAAGGUCACAAAUCUGCGCCGUUGCACUUACCUGGUUUUGGAUGAAGCCGAUCGCAUGUUCGACAUGGGCUUCGAGCCUCAGGUCAUGAAAAUUGUGGAGAACAUUCGGCCCACACGUCAGACAGUACUUUUCUCAGCCACUUUCCCCAGACAAAUGGAAGCCUUGGCCAAGAAGACGUUACGAGAUCCGGUUGAGAUUCAGGUUGGCGGAAGGUCGGUGGUGUGCUCGGACGUCUCGCAACACACCUGCAUUCUGGAAGAGCAUCAGAAGCUGCUGAAGCUACUCGAGCUACUUGGGAUUUACUACGAGCAAGGCAGCGUGAUAGUCUUUGUUGACAAGCAGGAAAAGGCCGACGAGAUGCUGACAGAAUUGAUCAGCAACGGCUAUAAGAAUGUCGCAUCAUUGCAUGGAGGAAUCGAUCAGUUUGAUCGCGACUCGACCAUCACUGACUUCAAGAAUGGAAUUAUCAAGAUCCUGGUCGCCACUUCGGUCGCUGCUCGCGGUUUGGACGUGAAGGGCCUGAUCCUUGUCGUCAAUUACGACUGCCCCAACCAUUAUGAGGACUAUGUGCAUCGAGUUGGACGGACAGGCAGAGCCGGAAACCAAGGGUUCGCCUACACCUUCUUCCUCCCCGAAGGACAAGAACGAAUGGCCGGAGAAGUCGUCAAGGCUUUCGAGACGUCUGGAGUGACGCCCCCUGCCGACCUAAAGGCCAUGUGGGAGAAGCUACAAGCCGAGAUGAAGGCACAGGGCAAGGAGAUCCAUCUCGGCGGCAAGGGAUUCGCUGGCAGCGGCUACAAAUACGAUGAGGCGGAAGCCGUCGCCGUGGCCAGCCAAAAGACAAUGGCCAAACUCGUGGCGGGGAUGGAAGCUGGUGAGGACGAUGACGAUGAUACGUUCGGUGAAAUGGAUAAGCUGUGUAAGAGCAAGAAGCGCAUGGUCAACGGGUCGAUGCCCGUCCGCAAAGUGGAAGAUGGGCCUGUUGCGAAUGCGGCUGCCGUGGAGAGCAAGAAAGAACAAGCCGCGAAGAUUGCUGCAAAAAUCGCGAAAGACAAGAUUGCAACCGGGGAGAAGGUUGCAGCGGAGACGUCCGGAACCGCAGCUAUUCUUCGGGGUGACGCGAAUGCGCUCAAAUUGAGCAGCAAGCAGACCGCACAACAGAUAGCCGAAAAGCUCAACUCACGAUUGAAUUAUAUCGCCGAUGAGAGCAUGUCGAUGCUUGGUCAUUCCGAAGAGCAAGAAUACUUCGAGGAGGAGUUGGAGAUCAAUGACUUCCCGCAGCAAGUCCGCUACAAAAUAUGCUCUCGGGACAAUUUGCGGCACAUCAACGAAUAUGCGGACGUUGGAAUUUCGGUGAAGGGCACCUUCUACCCACCGAAACGAGAACCCAAGCCCGGCCAAGACCCGAAGCUUUUCCUCUUCCUUGAGGCGCGCACCGAAUUCAACCUGCGCAAGGCCAAAGAAGAGAUCUUCCGUAUCAUGCGAGAAUCGAUGAAAUCAAUUGCUGUCUCUACGGCUGGACGUGCGCCGGCUGGGCGUCUGAAAAGGAAGAUGGCAAAGGCGCCAGAAGUUCUUGCGGUGGCCAAGAAGAGAAAAUGGAAGAACAAAAAGGUGGUGAUGCCAGAUAUGGCCGAGCCCGAGGCCGUAGAGCAGCCAACGAACAGAAAGAGAAAGUACGAAGGUACUUCUGGAGUGGACAGACCUCAUCUACCCAUUGAUGACGUUUCGAAUGAAAUUGUGCGAGUGUUAAGCACGGAUGGCGUACACAUCUUCAUCGGAGAGACGGGGUCCGGGAAAAGUACGCAGCUGCCAAAGCUGGCUCUCCUUGCUGGCUGGUGUGACGCUGGCGGCCGCAUCGCCAUCACCCAACCAAGGCGGGUGGCUGCUAUUUCGCUAGCCGUUCGCGUGUCGCAAGAAGUGGGCAAAGAGCUUGGGGAUGAGGUCGGAUAUCGGGUAAGAUUCGAGUCGCAAGCAUGUGAGGCGACGCGGCUUCUCUAUAUGACGGAUGGUAUACUUUUGAGAGAGGCGAUGAUGGAUCCGCUACUCAAGGAAUACGCAGGCGUCAUCGUUGACGAGGCGCACGAACGCUCCCUGCACUCGGAUAUUCUUCUCGCGGUGUUGAGACGGGCCCGACGACUGCGGAUGAAAAAGGGCAAAGCUCCGCUUCGCAUCGUGGUCAUGUCAGCGACGAUUGAAGCCGAGUCAUUCACUGCCUAUUUCAACACGAAGGAACCGGUUAAUGUCAUUGAAGGACGAACCUACCCAAUACAGCUGAUGUAUGCCGAAAAAAUGGACCCAACUAUCAACGACCACGUCCAUGAUGCGCUAGUUACUGUUAUGAAUGUUCACAAGGAGAGGGCAGUUAGCGAUGACAUUCUCGUUUUUCUCACGGGUCGUGAGGAAAUCGACAUCGCCAUCAAGAAAGUUACGUUGGCCAAUGAGAAGCUAGAAAAUAAGAUCUAUCCACUUCCGUUAUAUGCUGCAAUGACCCCGCAACAACAGAUGCGCGUCUUCCAACCAGCCCCGGAGGGACAACGUAAAGUGAUUUUCUCGACGAACGUAGCCGAGACCUCCGUCACUAUUCCGGGCAUCCGGAUUGUCGUGGAUUCUGGGAAAGUCAAGAUGAAAAACUUCACUGCCGAAAAUCGAAUUGACGUCUUGAAGAUACAGAACAUUUCGAAGGCGCAAGCUCAGCAACGUGCUGGCCGUGCCGGGCGCGAGGCACCUGGCAUCUGCUACCGGCUCUACCCAGAGAAACACUACCAAAAGACGAUGGGAAAAUCAACUGUCCCCGAGAUUCUACGAUCAAACCUUGUGUUGUUGGAAUUGCUCAAGAUUGGCUGGAAAAACAUAGAAACGUUGGAUCUGAUCGACCAGCCGGAGGAGAGCUCGAUAAAGUUGGGGCUGGCGCAGCUCGAAUCGAUGAAGGCUGUCGAGAGAAAUGAGGCUGGAAGAAUAGUGCUUACUCACAUUGGCCAAUGCUUACUGAGGUUCCCGGUUCCUCCAGAACACGGCCGCGUCAUCCUUGCGGCUUCAAACCAUGGAUGUAUUGAAGAAGUUUUGUGGAUUGUUGCAUGCAUGUCCGCGGAGACGAUCUUUGUAAACGAGGGAAAAGACGAGGAGCAGCAGAGGAUUAGGGAUCGAUAUCGCACAGCAGAGGGGGACCACCUUACCCUCUUCAACAUCUGCAACAUAUUCCGGGCGGAGAAGAAGAAAAACAAAUUUGGAUUGAGGGAAUUUUGCCAACGGAACGGCUUGAAUAUGCGGACCCUCAACACGGUCAUGAAGAUCAGAAAUCAGUUGCGGGAAGCCGCUAAAGACUUGUGUGAGAUGAAAAGCUGUGGCGGGAAUCGGGACUCGAUAAGACGCGCCCUGGCCGAUGGAAUGUUCAUGAAUGCGUGUAUCUACGAUCGACAGGAAGAUCGCUACAGACUUAUGGUCAACCCGUCCGUCCUCCUGCGAAUCCAUCCCAGCAGCUCUUUGGCGAGAAGCAAACCUCGGUGCUUCGUCUUCACCGAGCUCGUCCGCACCUCUGAUUUGUAUGCAAGAGACGUGACCCUUGUCGAGGAGGACUGGGUCAACGACAAGGUGGCCGCAUACAAAAAGCACAUGUUCGACGUGACGGCCCAAUUC